AGUUUACAUAUAAAGUUUACAGCUUUUAUAUUGUUAGCUUGCAACAUGACUGAAGCUGAGGAAAACGAACUGCGACUUUUUUGGCACUGGGGUCCGAUGGUCUCACUGAUCCUAACGCUGACUGUGGUAACGACCACAUACAUUUGGUGGCCAGUGGAAAAUCACACUAGACUCAGCGCACAUUUUGGACUCUAUAUGCUGCUUUAUCUGCUGGCGCUCUACAACUUUGUAAUGUCCGUGCUAAUGGGCCCUGGUCUUCUGCCCAAGCACUGGCAGCCCAAGGAGCCAAAGGACACCAGAUUUCUGCAGUAUUGUCACAAGUGCGAGGGCUAUAAGGCGCCCCGAGCGCAUCACUGUCGUCGCUGCAAGCGCUGCGUACUAAAAAUGGAUCACCACUGCCCCUGGAUCAAUCGCUGCGUGGGCUGGGCCAACCACGCCUACUUCGUCUACUUUUUAUUCUUCUAUUUGCUGGGCAGCAUACACUCGGCUGUAGUCCUAGCCUGUGGCUUGUAUCAGUUUGUGAGCGACAAUUUUAUGCUGCAGCCCAAGAAAUUUAUAAUCCUGGUGCAGCAGAAUUACCUAAGCGUCAUUAUGUGCGUCACUUGCUUCUGCAUAGCCCUGGGCACGGUGCUGACUAUGAUAAAGCUGCUCGUCAUACAAAUGUACGCCAUAUUGACAAACUGCACAGACAUUGAGCAAUGGAUAUGGAAGAAGGCGCAGGUGCGUCGCUACUGCAGCCAGCAGCAGCUUCAGCCCUUUGUCCAUCCCUACCACCUUGGCUGGUACGGCAAUCUGGGUCAGGUGUUCAACAUGGACUCGCAGUACCGCAGUCGCGGCAUCGAUUGGCCCAUGAGAGCGAAUUGCGACCAGUACGCACUCACAAUCGAACAGCUGGCCCAGAAGGCGGACAAACGCAAUCGCACGCGCAUCUACAGAUGCGUCAAGCGUGCCACAGGCAGUUGGCUGCCGCUUUGGUCACAGGGCCUAAUGGUCACCCUGUGCCUGCCUUGCACGGACGAUCCCCGCAUAGUCCUGGAGCCAAACGAUCUCGUGAGGGUGACACGCAUAGGCAGCCAUUGGUUAUUUGGCGAGCGUGUGCUCUCCGAGCUGGAGGAGCGCCGCAAGCAGCCGCGGCCUGGCGCCUUGCGCGGUUGGUUUCCCAGACCUUGUGCUGUCGAUAUCACCGAAACUUCCAACUGCAAAGAUCAGUCGAAUAAGAGUAAUUUCAAAUAUGAGUAGAGCCAAUCCAAGCAGCGACAAAGUAAAAUACUUUGAAUAUAAUAAAAGUUCA